AUGUCGAACAUGCAAUGUGACGAGGCCCAGCCGGCAUGCACCUCGACCGGACGGUUCUGCGACGGCUUCGACUUUGUGCCGGAGGGGGCCUCGGCUGUCCAGAGCCCAUCCACGGCCCUGACAUAUGCGUCGUCUCCGUUUGCCGACCCACUUGAAGCACGCUCUCUGCAGUACUUUGCCGAGCGCACCAUCGGCGAGUUAGAGACAUUUUUUCCGGACUCGCUCUGGAGCAGCCACGUGCUGCAACUGGCAUUAUCUCAGGAGGGCAUACGACAUGCACUAAUGUCGCUUGCCGCCCAUCACGAACGCUUUGCCAACCCUUGUGCCGCCGGCGAGCCCGAGUUUGCCUUUAAGCAGCACAGCCUCGCCGUGCGGUCCCUAUUGGCUGAAGACGACCCCUCGACGGCAACAGAAACGCACCUGGUAUCGUGCCUGAUAUUUCUCUGUAUCGAGGCACUCCAGAACGAGUACCGAUCUGCCAUCCGGCUGUUUAAGCAUGGUGUCAGCAUGGUCAAGGAGCUGCGCCGACGGGCUGACGCGGCCGAAAUGAUGCAGUCUGGAGCCAAUCCGAUUUCGGACGGUAUUGUCUCCACAAUCGAGGCGUUCAUCAACCGAUUUGCCGUUCAGGCUGCGCUGCUCGCCGGAGAUGUGGACCCCAGUCUGGUUGUCGGUGAUCAUCCUAGCUAUGACAGCGUCGUCGCUGAUUCGGCUUCGUUUGCAUCUAUGUCAGAGGCGCGGCAAAUGAUUCUCGAUAUAGCCGUCGACAUUAUCGCGCAGCCUCCUGGUAGCGGCAGUAGCGAGGAGAUGGCAUUGGUACAUGUGACGUACAACCGCUGGUGUGAGAAAUUCGACAAGCUUGUUAGUGAGCGCUCCAACUCGCUGCCUGCCAAAGGCAUCGCGCUCUUGGAACUGCACAAACGGUAUCUGGGCAUUCAUCUUGCCGCUCCUGACAUCACCAUCGAAGACCCUCCUAGGUGGGACGAAGACACGGCUGCAUACGAAGAGCUGAUGACGUUUGCCGAGACAGCCGUGGGUCCAGAUAUCAGUGUGGAAGGACCGACGACGACAACGGCUACGACAAAUGGGAUGCCAAAGUUUCACAUGGACCUUGGAGUUCUUCCAAUUUUGUUCUCCACGGUGCUGCGGUGCCGUGAUGCGGGAGUUCGGCGGCGGGCGAUCUCAUUGAUGAAAUCCAAAAGACUGCAAGAGGGAAUCUGGCCAAGUACUACAACCUCUCAGGUGGCCGAGAGAAUCGUGUCGCUUGAACAGAGUGGCGAUGAUUCCGGCCCGCUACAGAGAGUGCAGUCCGUCGCCAUAGCGUUUGGCUCGGAGCAGAAGGUCGUGACUAUAAGGUAUGGGUUGAGAAACUCUGUAUUCGAAGAGGUGCUUGGCUGGUGA